UGGUUGAAACCAUAGAAACGAAAAGGAAGUGUAUCUCAAAGUAUGCUAGGGUAACACCGAGUUACGAAGAUUAUCAAUAUUGUUUUGUCACAUUUCAUUGUGUGGAAGUCAAAACCCAGCAUAGCAGUGUUCAGAUACAUACUCAGAUUAAAACUAAGAUUUAUUGACCUUGUUUUGGUGCCUUUUUUAGAGCUUCUUCAGUCGAAGAUAGCAGGACAGCUAAUGCUCGGCUUCUGUUGACGAGAAAUGUCCAACGCAAAAAUACUCUUUAUUGGUCCCAAUGAGAGUGGGAAAACGAUUCUUGCCAAUUAUCUCUCAGACACAAUAGAAAAUGUGGGAAGUGAAUACAGACCGACUCAAGGAGUAAGGAUAGUGGAAUUUGAAUCGCUACCUCAGGGCAGCGGUGACAACUCGCCAUGUGAGGUUGAACUUUGGGACUGUUCAGGAGAUUUCAAAUUUGAAUCAUGCUGGCCUGCAUUGAUAAAGGACUCGAGCGGCGUGGUGAUCGUUUUUAAUCCUGACGUUCCAAGUCACCUCAAAGAAAUAGAGACAUGGCAUUCAAUGUUCAUCUCCUCUCAAGGUUUCCACGACAACCAGUGUCUUCUCAUAGCUCACCACAAGCCCGGCAGUGUAGUAGAAGACAGACGGCUGCCAUUAGCCUCGCAUUUGGGCAGACUGCCGAUUAUUCACUCCAACCUGGAGGAGGAACCGGAGGACGUGAGGAGAGCUUUCUGCAAAUACUUGGGAAACGUUUUAAAUACAAUGUCGGAAAGUCGAGAGCGAGAGGAGAUGUCUAUCAUUACAUAGCAGCAACAUCUAUAAAAUCUACAGCUUAAUGAAGAAAGGUUUUGUUCAUUUUUACAAGUCUUGUGAAUAAAAUAUAACUUUGGAAA